AGCUUAUUCUCGUUACUAUCAUAAACUUUCACGUUUGCGAACCCUAUGUGUCAGUAGGGUCCACGUUCAGAUCUUUUGACAUCUUGGAAUUUCGAAACCUCGUACGAUGACGACUGGCAGAGAAGUAGAAGGGGAGGGACAAGCUCUCUACCAGUGUUCUCGAUGUCGACGUCGUUAUCACCGUACGGAGCACCUCGCCCGCCAUGUCAGGUCUGUGCAUACCAAGCAGAGGCCGUAUAUGUGUAGAAUCUGCGGCAAGGGGUUUGGAAGGUUCGAUGUUUUGAGGAGGCAUGAGGGGAAUAUGCACGGUGGUGGUGGCGGUGGUGGAGCUAGGCCUGGGUCUGAGUAUGAGACGGCGGUGGCUGUCGUGGAAGGGGAGGGCGAUGAUGUGUUGUCGUUGGAGGUUGAAGGGAGCGAGCGGGUUAGGCUGGCCUGUAAGGGGUGUAAGGUUGCCAAGGUAAAGUGUUCUGAGAGGAAGCCUUGUACAAGGUGUGUUGGACGGGGAAUUUUGUGUGAGGUUGAGGGGGAGAGUUGCGUUGAAGUCGGGGCCGGUUCUGGUUCGUUGCGUGAGGAUCAGGCUGUGUAUAUACAAGAGGAGUACACGCAAACGCGGCUGGCUGGCCAAGAUAUCCUCGACGCGGUCAUGGAUGAGGAUUUCCUCUUUGGCGCGGAGUGGGAUCUCGCAAUGACGGAUUUGACGUACCUGCAGACUCGGACAGAUGCAGUUGUGACGGAUGGGUUGGAAUCCGCUCCUGGGGAGGAGAUGCGGAACGGCAACGUCGAAGGCUUUGGCGGCUUGCCCAUGUCGCCUCCCACAACCCCGGAGAGCCGCGGUACGGGGUCCUGGGAGCCUUCGAGCAGCGAGAACAGCGAGAUGGAGAGGCCGCACCUCGCUGCGGACGAGGAGAGUUUGAAGGCUGGGAGGACACCGCGGACGCUGGGAGCACCUUCCUUUGAUGAUGGUGGCUGUGGUCUUGCCGGUCUAUCCUUCUCGACAGCGGCGCGGGACGCCAUUGUCGGUAUGAUUCUCGACAACACCUCUCGCGCCAAUGCUGGGCCCGUCUUGGCUGCUUUCCCGUCAGUCGGAGCGCUUGACGCGCUUCUAGACGUGUAUGCUCGCGAGUGUUGGGGAGUCCCGUCGUCUCCGUCGACGGAUGCCAGGAUCAACGAUGUAGUGCAUCUUCCUACGCUGCGGCUUGACCGGCAGAGUCCGGAGUUGCUGGGUGCCUUGGCCGCAAUGGGUGCCGUCAGGGCUGGUUCGGCCGUUGCAAGGAAAUUUGGUUACGCGAUGCAGGAUGUUGUGAGGGUUUCUUCUUUUCGGAGUUGGGAAGAAAACAACGCCAACCUCUGCGAUAUAAGCCGAUCCCAGGCCUUCUUCCUCCAGCAGCAAAUCGCCUUCUUCAGCGGCGUCCAGCGUAAAGUUGCCUUUGCGGAGGCCUGUUCUGGGUGUAUGCAGGUGAUGAUCAAGAAUGGUGGACAUCUUCAGGGGGCGAUGGAGGGGGACCAGACCCUCUAUCAGCUCCAGAAUCUUUCUACACUGGAUGAUGGGCUGCUUGAGGACGUUUGGCUGAAAUGGUCUGCACGCGAGGCGAGAAGGAGGCUAGUGUAUGCUGCUUAUAUCAUGGAUAGCCAUGUCGGUAUGGCGCAUGGGAUCAGGGGUAUGGCGAGGUACGGGGACAUGAGGAUUCCCUUUCCUGCGCCGGGGAGGGUGUGGAGAGCCGAGUCAGCGGUGCGAUGGAGGGAGGAGAUGAGGCGGUUGACUCCAGGGUCAACGAUAUCUCUUUCCUCUUCUUCUGCAGCCUCCUCGCUACCGCUAGUUCUGUCUUUGAAGGAGGUGAUGGGUGAUCCGACGCUGGUUGCUAGAUCACACCACCAGGGUAUGGUCGAUGAGGACUUCGUUAUCCUGGGCUUUUAUGCCGGUCUCUGGGUGCUCAUUGAAGAAUGCCGUCAGCUGAAGGCUAUCAGCGGCCACGGGCAAUGGAGCACCAUGAUCUUAUCCUCGCGGCGGUUGGAGCUAACUUCGAUGCUCAAGCUCUUUGAUUCGUCUUUCCGAGCGGCGGGGUGGGAGGUAUCCUCUGGCGUGGAGAUGAUGUCUGAGGUUCUACAUAUGUAUAUCUCGAUGUCGCUGAAUGGGGAUGAACUGCGUGGUGCUGGUGUGUCACCUCCGCUGUCGCAACGUAUCAACAGAAUGGAUUCAGGAAGCGGUGGGGGGCUGGAGGAGCGAAGCGCAGUUUGGAGGGCCGGGAGGGUUCUUCGUGCGGCGAGACGGUACGAACCUGGAACGUUGUGUGGGGUUUAUUGUGUUGCUGUUCGGGAUGCUGGUAUUCUUCUUUGGAGAGUUGGACGGCGGAUUUCUCUGCGGGAGACAUCGACGUUGACGGGUAUGAGGCGGUAUUCCGGGCCAGGAUAUGGUGUCGACGCGACUGCUGUCUUGGUGUUGGACAUUGAGGAGGAUGUGCAAGAGUAUCAGGUAUUAGACAGGAAUGUCUGUCUUAUACUGCGUGGCACCGGAGCGGAAGAGGAGUACGUGACUCUUGAGGAUACGGUGGGUGUGAUGAGGUUGGUGAAGGGGAUAGUUGAGAAGAAUUGGAGGGGAUUGAGAAUGCCGGGUGGUGUUGAGGAGGUUUGCUUGUUGUUAGAUGGUCUAGGGAAAGUAUUCGGCUCAUGACGUCCGGUCCAUGAGAUCCUGCCCGGGAAGAAAGAAGGGUGAAGUACGAACUUUGGUGAUUGAGUGUCUCGUCGGUGAGCAGGAAGUUUGUGUCAAUGCUUCCUCCCGAUCUUCUGGUUGAAGUCGGCAGUUGGCAACUGAGUAGAUUUCCGGGGACGGAACACCGAUCGGCUAUAUCCCACUAGUUGGCUCGGGGCCUGUGGUGUGGUGUC